AUGAGGACGACGCCUCUCCUAUCGGUCGCUUCGGAGCGCCUCGCGGAGCAGAGCCCCACCGGUAACAAAUACUUGGAUGUCCUUAUGGCUGCAUACCCAAUCGAGCAGGAGCCUUCGUCCAUCACUCAUAACAGUCCAACGAUCGGGAGCGUUGAGGCUGCCAAUCUAGGAAGGGACAGUGCGACGCCUAUUGCGGUCGACCCUAAUCUACAGGAAGGAGCUGAUCCAUAUACUGGCUCAAUCGAUUCCGCGAUCGGCGACAAAUCAAGUCCUAUCAACAGCAUGCCUAGAGACAUCAGAAACAAAGUUGAGGGUAUUGUCGACGAGGAGGGAAAGGAGACUGCAGAGCCUCCCGAGGGAAUUCGAGAUGCAUCCCAAGACGACGGUGAGACCGGUCCCGCGGAGAUCAAGUAUACAGUGGCUAACGCUCUACUAGUUUACAGCAGCGAUCGCUUGGGCCGUCUCAGGCCUAGAGGUUCACUUCCUACCCCCAAAUAUACUAGCCUCUCUCGACGUCCACCGACAUCAACCACCUCGCGUCCGCCUCGUACGCCCAAAACGCCCAAAACGCCUCUUGAGGAAGAUGGAAACAAACCGGUUGGUAGGCAGACACGCGAGUUCGACAAGUACCUGGAGUCUAUCCCGCUUCGGAAGGACUUUUACGUCAAGAAGGAAGAUGAUCCCAAACCACUCUCCAACAAGGCUGUCCAGCUUCCGGCGUCCGAGCCGUUGUUGAAUAAUGACUCCCGCGGCAGAUCGCAAAGCGUCCUUCCCGGCAAGUCUCAGGAUGACGAAAUGAACAAUGGCAAGAAUAGAAUCAAGAUGGAAGAGACUCCGGAAAGCCGCGUCAGGUAUGAAGUCUACGGACGUCCGGUUCAACCACCUCCCAUCGGUCCUACCGAGCUCUACCGCCGGAGAAAGAACGACGGUUCCCAGAUGCAUUCGAAUCCCACUCGUGCUGCUGCUUUCGGAUCGACCACCAACACUCCACCAGCUUCCUCAGGUCCAGCGGCUGCCGGCUUCAGAGCGCAAGGAGAGAGCGCUUCUAGCUAUAUCCGCACACGGCCUUUUUCCGGACGUGAUGAUGAAGAUAGUCAGUCUAGGCGCAACGUUAACCGCCUUGCCGAAUCUCUUCUAUCAAAUGACGACGUAUUUCAGAACAAUGCCGCUAGAGCUGGCGCCAUGCCGCCACCCUUGUACCCUCCUCGCCGGAGCAAUCGCGGUAGGGGCAAUAGUGACAAUGUCCAGACUCAACCCAAGCGUCGCCGGCUUAACCCGGAGAACGAUGAUCAACCGCCCUCGACCAACACGACGUCUUACCGCCCCCACGGCAGCCGAGGCACGUCCACGUCGAGGCAGUCUCGCAACAACAGCACUUCUCAAGGGCCCCCAGUAACCACGUUCCCCUCUCUUCAGGUUUCCAACCCCCUCGCCGCAGCCGCCUUCGUUGAUUCCGCCGUCGCUCCCGCCAAUUCCCGCCCCCCUCAGCAGGAACAGCAGCCGCACCAGCAGCACCAGCAGUACCAACAGGAACAGCAGCAGCUCGAGCAGCACCAGCAGCCCCGGCAGUUCCGGUUCCAGCCGUCCCAGGAUCCGCAGAACCAGUCCCCGUACCAGCAGCAGCAGCAGAAGGAGCAAAAGUAA